AUUUUUUUUUUCUCUGGGUGAGGUGAAGUUAUGUCAACAGAAUGCUGUCAUCUCAUCUCUAAUAAAUGAACUUUUUUAUCACACAAGUACACACACAACACAACAGAGCCGCAGGACUUCAGCAACAGCAUUCAACAAAGUGAAAUGACAGCAUAAAAGGAAAUAUCACAAAGAAAUUAAUUAUAUUUUCCCGUGAGAUAGCAAACCGCCUGUGCAAACAGCAGUACACAGGUCGCUUUAGUAUUCUGCAUUAACACACACAAAUAAUUACUACUAAUUCGACGUGUCACUCCCAGAAAUAAUAUUUUUCGCUCUAGUCUUAACUAUUUCUUGUAAUAUCACAGUAAUGAGAUAAAAUUGUGACUCUUAAAAAUCUGACAAUAAGCGUCUAUGUGUACUAGAAUUGUUUGUAGGAAUUAAGCAACAAGCCCCUUGUUACUACUCAGCUUGUUACUUUUUACUAUCAAAUAAAAAUUACUGUUAUGAAUUGAAAUUAAUAUACUUAAUACAAAUAACAUUUAUUAUGGAUAUCAGAUCCUUCAGUGAGCUGAUCAUAAAUGAAGAUUAUGCCAUCGCAGAACUUGUCCCUGACCACAUAUUGGAGAGCAUUUUUUCAUAUUUGAAUUUGAGAGAGCUUUUGAAUUGUUCAUUGGUUUGCAAAAGUUGGUAUAGAAUUUUAAGUGAUGAAAACAAUGAUGUUUGGAGAUUACAUUGCUUUAAAAGAUUGGCAGAAGAAGUAAUGAAGUCAGAUUUACUUUCAACAGUAACCAGCUACAAAGCAAAACUAAGGGCAUAUUUCCAUGCCUGGAAUGCUCAAGACUGUUCAAGAAAUAUAUAUGUCAAACCAAAUGGAUUUACAUUACACAGGAAUCCAGUAGCACAAAGUACAGAUGCAUGUAGAGGCAAAAUUGGUUUUCAUCAUGGCAGACAUGCAUGGGAAGUAAUAUGGGAAGGUCCUUUAGGGACUGUAGCUGUAGUUGGUAUAUCCACUAAAGAAGCACCUCUACAAUGUCAGGGAUAUGUUGGACUUUUAGGUUCAGAUGAACAAAGCUGGGGUUGGAAUUUAGUUGACAAUCAAUUACUGCACAAUGGUGAUACACAAGGAUUUUAUCCACUUCUAAACAAUUGCCCCAAAUAUCAAGUGGGUGAAAGAAUAAGAGUCAUCCUUGAUUGUGAGGAUAACACAUUGUCAUUUGAAAGAAAUUAUGAGUUUUUAGGAGUGGCAUUUAAAGGCCUGCCAAAUAAGAAAUUGUUCCCAACAGUAUCAGCAGUAUAUGGAAAUACAGAAGUGUCAAUGAUUUACCUGGGACCACCGUUAGAUGGCUGAUAGUGAACUUAUUUAUAGCCAAUAUCUAGUCUAAAAGAGGUGUGAUAUAUUCAUUAUGUUAUUAUUGAUUCCAAUGCUUCUUUUAUUUUGCAAUGUUAUGGACUGUAAUAUAAAUAAUAUAUCAUUAAGUAAUAUACAUAUAAGUUAGCACAUUCAAACAACAGCCUUUUAAAAUAGGAAAUAAAUUAUAAUAAUAUUGACUGAGAACAGUCAAUGAGUUGGCUGUGGAAUGGAUUUAUAGUUAUGGGUCAUGUAUUUGGGUGCAUGUUAAUGUAAUUUGUAUUUAUUUAAUGCUAAUGGCAGAUAUUCUAUCCUAACAUACAGGCAUAUAGUUUGUGGUGGACACCCAUGAAUGAAAAACUGGCUCUAAUGACCAGUAUAAAUAACCAUUACAUCAUACAUUUUCUGCUUUCAUUAUUUGACACAAUUAGAAAUAAAGAAAGAAAAAAUGUUUUAUUUGGUACAAAAGAACAUUACAAAAACAGAAACAUUAAAUCCUAUAACAAUUUUGUGUACCAAAAUGGUCCCCCCUCAGCAUUUGUCAUAGUAUAUACCACAACACUGAUCUUCCGUGGGCAUCAUGAUAAAAAAUUAAAUAAAUACAAUAAUAAUAACAAAUAAAAAAUACAAUGUGAUAGAGCUCCUACACACUACAUAUAGCCAUAUGAUCUAGCCAGAUUGACAAUAAUAAUGCAAAAAUCCAUCAAUUUAAAAGUUAAGAAAUCGAUAAUUCAUUACAUUAAUGAUUGAGAAUUAAUAUGUAGGAUCUCAUAUUUGUUAUUGUCAUGAUUAAAAAUUUACUUAUCAUAUUUUCAUAAUAACAAAAUCAAGGUGUGUUUUAAAUAAACUAGUUAUUUAAUGGAACCCAAAUAUGUACCCUUAUAUAUGUUCUUAUUUAUUACAAUUUACAAUCAACAAGCAUAUUCUAAACAAAGUUAAGUAAUAAUCUGCUAACUUUGUACAUUAUCACAAAAAUAAACAUUUGGAUGCAGUUUUAUAUUAGAAUUUUAUUUUUUUAGAGCCUAAUCAAAGUUAUUCAAUCUUCGUUAUCACAUUUUAUUCAAGUCGCCUUAAGGCAACUGACAUAACUUUUACAACUGUCUACCGACAUCUAGUGGCACAUUAGUGAACUAAACUGUCAACCUGUGUGUAAGUUUCCUAUGCCAGCUCCACACCGUCCACCACAAGUCUUGAAUUUCGGCGGCGGCAGGUCUCUUGAGACCUGCCGACGCGAAUACGUGAACAUUGCUAGUUAGUAAGAGUGCAACAUUUACUGCAAUAAAAUACCAGCAAUGCAUGGCAAACUUUUCAACAACAGUGUGGAGCCAGCAUUACGAUAUGUUGAUGAUGUUGAUGUUAUUGUAACACGGUGUUACCAAUAACAACGACCCAAAGAUACCUAAUUUAAGUAGUAUUGAGAACAUGUACUUAUCGAUAUUUUUGAGCAUCACACUCGAAUCUCAAUUUUAAAAAAUAAAAGGACAUAUUAGUUUA